AUGGGAGGCCUUCAGCUCAAUGUCGACUGGAAGUCGAACCGCAUGGCCAUCGUCUACUGUCUAGUGGCUGCCAUCGGUGCGCUCUGCUACGGUUAUGAUACCAUCUACUACACCGGCAUCCAGGGCAUGCCCUACUUCACCCAGGACUACGGCGAGAAGGGCCCAGACGGAGAAUACUCGCUCGGCACGACAUUCCUGUCUCUGUCUGCCAGUAUCAUCUACGUUGGCGAGUUCGUCGGCUCUAUUAUCGCUGCCCCCAUUAACGAAUAUCUCGGACGCCGUGUGGUCUUCCUGGCUGCCUCCAUCUGCAUCGUCGUCGGAGCCGUCGUGCAGGCCUGCUCAUUCGGCUCGCACGCAGUCUUCUACGUCAGUCGAGUCCUGAUCGGUCUGGGUAUCGGCCAGUUCACUGCGACUUGCCUCAUCUACAUCGGAGAGAUCGCUCCCUCCGCCAUCAGAGGUCCCGCCCUCAUGUGCUUCCAGUUCAUGCAGUCCAUCUCUCAACUCGUCGGAGCCUGCGUCAACCAGGGCACGCAGAGCAUCGAAAGCGCCCAGUCCUACCGCAUCCCCAUGUGCCUCCUCGUCGUCCUCCCCGGCAUCAUGCUCCUCUGCCUCCCCUUCAUCCCCGAGAGCCCCGUCUGGUACAUGUACAAAGACAAGACCGAGCAGGCCAUCAAGGCCCUCUGCAAAAUCAACAAGAGCAACCGCGACUACGAUCCCACCACCGAUCUCGACAUAAUCACCGAGCAAGUCCAGACCGAGCGCGAGCUGGCCCGCGACGCAACCUGGCUCUCCCUACUCACGGACCCCGUCGAGCGCCGCAAGCUCUUCUACGCCUGCGGCGCCAUGUUCGUCCAGCAGAUCAACGGCAUCCAGUUCUGGUACACGUACGGCGUGGUCUUCGCGCAGUCAAUCGGCGUCGCAGACCCCUUCACCAUCAACACCAUCAUCUACGUCCUCCAGAUCGUCACCGUCAGCAUCGCCGUCGUCUUCGGAAACAAGAUCAACCGCCGCACAAACCUCAUCGUCUGCUCGGUGGGUAUAUUCGUCUCCCUAAUCGCAGUCGGCGGACUAGGUACUACCCGUGGAGCAGACGGGUCUUUCUCGCGCGGCAUCGGGAUUGGAAUUGUCGUGCUCGCGUACAUCAAUAUCAUCUUUUACAACUUCUCCAUCGGAACGCUGUCCUACUCCAUCGCGUCUGAAAUGUCCGUCGGCCGCAACAGGAACAAGAUCACCUCGUGCGCUAUCGGCGUCUUCUUCGUUACUGUCUGGCUCAUGGUGUUCACCAGUCCGUACAUGUACUACGACGGUAACCUGGGCCCCAUGAUUGGAUUUGUCUACGGCGGUACGACAAUUUUCUUGCUUGCGUACUCGUGGUUCUGUGUUGGUGAGACCGCUGGCCGUAGUAAUGCCGAUAUCGAGCGCCUCUUCCAGGACCGUGUCCCUGCGCGUGAGUGGAAGACGUAUGUUAUUAGCAAUGAGGAUGGAGGUGUUGCCAAGAAGAGGGAGUCUAAGGAUGAGCAGAUCGAGAUGGCAUGA